AAUUAAUUCAUAUUUUAACUGUUCAUCAAAGUGUCAAAGCAUUUAUUAUUGUUUAAUAAGAUAUUUUGUGGAUAAUAUUGUUUUAGUUAUUAAAUAUUCGUUAUUGUUUAUAAGUGAUAUAUGAUAUAAAUCAUGAAUAAUCUCGAUUUUAGUCAAUUAUCAGAUAUAUCAACUAUAUCACGAAUUUCACGAAGUUCGCAAUUAAUGGGUAGAUUAGAUUCAAUUUUACUUUCCAACGAGCUAGAACAUCACUCUAGUCUUAUUCAAAAUAAUAAAGCUACAACUGCACCUGAACAAGAUCAUCAUGACGUUUUUAGGGAAGUUACAAAAUCAUUUAUUGAUUGUCAGAAUAGUAUCAGCGAAUAUGCCAAAGUACAGUUGAUUUAUGAAUGUUUAAAGGAAAUAUGUUUAAAUAAAAACAUUGCAUUACCAGAUGAAACUAAAGACAAAUUGAAAGGAUUGUUAGAAUCAUAUGAAAUAAAUAAAAUCAAAGAUAUCUCGAUAACUCUUAAACAAGGAUUGGAAGAUUUAAGUAUACUGGGUAUUCAAGAUUUUCCUAAAUAUAAAUUAAGUUACGAAGAAAGAUUAAAUGUAAAAGCUUGCGUUGACGCAUUGAUGCAAGAAAAAUUGCAUGAUUUUUUAUUAAAAUAUGAGGAAUUAGGUGGUAAUGUUAAAGAACUUCAAAAAUUAAACAGUCUCAACACUAAUAACCAAUUAACAGAGAAUACAGAUUUAGAAUUAUUAAAAUGGAAAGAUAAGUUUGAUAAUAUUUUAGCGCAUUAUAAAGAUCGUUUAAUACAAAGUACAGAUUUGAUCAACGAAUGGAGAAAAGUAAAAAAUGAAGAUGUCAAGGAAAUUUAUGAUAAAAAGGCACAAAUCUUAUCAUUGCAAUCGCAAAUAGCUGAAGUACAAGCUAAAGUAGCUAAAUUAACCUGUUUAAUCAAAAUGUAUACGGAAACACCUAAGACAAUUGAAUCAUAUAAAAUAUUAAAUAAUACUUUAGACGAUAAGAUGUUAGAAUUAAGUAAUGAAAUUAAAAGGAAAAGUCAUUUGAAAAAGCUUUAUCUUGAUUUACAAAAUACAGAAUAUGAUAAUAUAUUAAAGACAUAUUUACACCUGUGUAGCGCUAUUAAAAAGAAAAAACAAAUAAUGGAAAUGCUUUAAGAACAAAAUGUAUAUUUUUAUAUAUGUGUAUAUAUAUAUA